AUGAGGAGAUUUGUUUACUGUAAAGUGGUUCUAGCCACUUCACUGAUGUGGGUCCUCGUUGAUGUCUUCUUACUCCUCUACUUCAGUGAAUGUAACAAAUGUGAUGACAAGAAGGAGAGGUCCCUGCUACCUGCACUGAGGGCUGUUAUUUCAAGGAACCAAGAAGGGCCAGGAGAAAUGGGAAAGGCUGUACUGAUUCCGAAAGACGACCAGGAGAAAAUGAAAGAGCUCUUUAAAAUCAAUCAGUUUAACCUUAUGGCCAGUGAUUUGAUUGCCCUUAACAGAAGUCUUCCAGAUGUAAGAUUAGAAGGAUGCAAGACAAAGGUCUACCCUGAUGAACUUCCAAAUACAAGUGUAGUCAUUGUGUUUCAUAACGAAGCUUGGAGCACUCUCCUUAGAACUGUUUAUAGUGUUAUAAACCGUUCUCCACACUAUUUACUCUCUGAGGUCAUCUUAGUAGAUGAUGCCAGUGAAAGAGAUUUUCUCAAGUUGACAUUAGAGAAUUAUGUGAAAACUUUAGAAGUGCCGGUAAAAAUUAUUAGGAUGGAAGAGCGCUCUGGGUUAAUACGUGCCCGCCUUCGAGGAGCAGCUGCUUCAAAAGGGCAGGUCAUAACUUUUCUCGAUGCACACUGUGAAUGCACUUUAGGAUGGCUGGAGCCCUUGCUGGCGAGAAUAAAGGAAGAUAGGAAAACAGUUGUGUGCCCCAUUAUUGAUGUGAUUAGUGAUGAUACCUUUGAAUAUAUGGCUGGAUCAGACAUGACUUAUGGGGGUUUUAACUGGAAACUGAAUUUCCGCUGGUAUCCUGUUCCCCAAAGAGAAAUGGAUAGGAGGAAAGGAGACAGAACAUUACCUGUCAGGACCCCUACUAUGGCUGGUGGCCUAUUUUCUAUUGACAGAAACUACUUUGAAGAGAUAGGAACUUACGAUGCAGGAAUGGAUAUCUGGGGUGGAGAGAAUCUUGAAAUGUCUUUUAGGAUUUGGCAGUGUGGAGGGUCCUUGGAGAUUGUGACCUGCUCACAUGUUGGUCAUGUUUUUCGGAAAGCGACUCCAUACACUUUCCCUGGUGGCACUGGCCAUGUUAUCAACAAGAACAACAGGAGACUGGCCGAAGUCUGGAUGGAUGAAUUUAAAGAUUUCUUCUAUAUUAUAUCCCCAGGUGUUGUCAAAGUGGAUUAUGGAGAUGUGUCAGUCAGAAAAACAUUAAGAGAAAAUCUGAAGUGUAAGCCUUUUUCCUGGUACCUAGAAAACAUUUAUCCGGACUCCCAGAUCCCAAGACGCUAUUACUCACUUGGUGAGAUAAGAAAUGUUGAAACCAAUCAAUGUUUAGACAACAUGGGCCGCAAGGAAAAUGAGAAAGUGGGUAUAUUCAACUGUCACGGUAUGGGAGGAAAUCAGGUAUUUUCUUAUACUGCUGACAAAGAAAUCAGAACCGAUGACUUAUGCUUGGAUGUUUCUAGACUCAAUGGACCAGUAAUCAUGUUAAAAUGCCACCAUAUGAGAGGAAACCAAUUAUGGGAAUAUGAUGCUGAGAAACUCACCUUGAGACAUGUUAACAGUAACCAAUGUCUCGAUGAACCUUCAGAAGAAGACAAAAUGGUACCUACCAUGCAGGACUGUAGUGGAAGCAGAUCCCAACAAUGGCUACUAAGGAACAUGACCUUGGGGGCUUAAAGCCCGAAGAUAUUUUCCCCCCAAGCCAUGAAAAUGUCUACACAUUUAUUUUCCAUUAUUUCAAUUAGGGGAAGAGAUUAACUUUGCUUAAUUGAAAGUUUUAAAAUCCUUUUAGUAUUCUAAGACACAGUUAUUUAUAAUUCAUUUUUAGGAAUGUUGGCUUAUUUCCCUACUGAAAUUUGUAUCUGAUAAAGAAGCACAUAAAAUGGUAUAAAUAAUAGCAAACUGUUAUUAAACAUUGCAACAACUUGAAAAACAAAUUAUGCUUGUUUUUUCUUAAAAAAAAAAUACCUUUACUGUCCUCAUCUCACAGGGUCACUUCGGGGUUAUUUUUAUUUUUUCUUCUCAUAGUGACUGAAAGAAAGAAAAUGUAAAAUGCCUUACAAAAUAAUUUCGUUAUGACAUAAAUUAUUUUAUCAACACCUCUGGUUUCUACUGGACCUUCAUGGAAACAUGUUGAAUAUCCAUGUCAAGAACAGGUAUAUAUUACUUCUGAGCAAGUAAUUCAAAAUACAAGUUUUGUACCAGGAAAAAAAAAUUAAAUUGCAUGAUGAACUUAUGGUGUCCUUAGAAAAGUAUAACAUUAAAAAAAGAGAGAGAGAAGGAGAAUUUGAAAAUUUAACUUAAAGUAAAUUAAAUCAGAAGUCAGUGAGGCAUUAUGUGGAGCCAGAUGAG